AUGGCUGUUGAUAUGAAGCAGUUACAAUUACAAGUCUUUGGAGAUUCUGAAUUGGUGAUCAAUCAAUUGUUGGGUACCUACGAGGUCAAAAAGCCAGAAUUGCGCCUGUAUCAUGACUAUGCACAAAAAUUGAUUGGGUGGCUCGGUAACGUAACUCUUCAGCAUGUGCCAAGGAAGGAAAAUAAGAAGGCUGAUGCUUUUGCUGCUUUGGAUUCAACAUUGACUUUGCUUGACCAAGCACAAAUCACUAUAUGCCAGAAACGGGUAGUACCGCCGGAGGACGAUGAAGAUGAAGAAAGCAAACUCGAGCGUCUUGUGGUCGUUUCUAAAGCUGAGAAAGUCGAUUGGCGACAAAUCAUGAUCGAUUACUUGUGUUAUGGCAUUCUUCCAGAAGAUCCAAAAAGAAAGACCAAAAUUCGUCGUCGUGCCCCUCGCUUCCUUUACUACAAAGAUACUUUGUAUCGUAGAUUGUUCGAGGGAGUUCUCUUGAGUUGCCUGGGGGAAGAAGAAGCAACUCAAGCUAUGCAAGAAGCACACUCUGGAGUUUGUGGAUCACAUCAAUCUGGGCCAAAACUGCACUUUCAUAUAAAAAGGAUGGGGUAUUAUUGGCCAACAAUGGUGAAAGAUUUUUUGGACUACGCGCGAAGAUGCAAAGCAUGCCAAUUUCAUGCAAAUUUUAUACACCAACCUCCUGAAGUGUUACAUCCAACUGUUGCAUGUUGGCCAUUUGACGCUUGGGUGCUAGAUGUGGUUGGACUGCUACCAAAAUCUUCUAGUGGACACUUGUACAUCUUAGCUGCAACAGAUUACUUCUCAAAAUGGGCUGAGGCUGUCUCCCUCAAAGAAGUAAAAAAGGAGAAUGUGGAAAACCUCAUUCGAACUCAAGCAACUCCUUAUUCCCUUGUUUACGGAGCUGAAGCGGUCCUUCCACUUGAACGCCAAAUACUUUCAUUGCGGCUCGCUAUCCAAGAAGGGCUCACUGAAGAAGAAAAUGCUCGUCUACGCCUUGAAGAGUUAGAGGCCCUUGAUGAGAAAAGGAUAGAAGCUCAGCAAAGCCUUGAAUGUUAUCAAGCUCGUCUUUGCCGUGCUUUCAAUAAAAAGGUUCGCCUGAGGUCCUUCCAAGUUGGUGAUCAAGUCCUGGCGAUAAAAAGACCCAUUAUCAUAUCUCCUAAAUCUGGAAGCAAGUUCACUUCAAUGUGGGAUGGGCCGUAUGUUGUCCAAGAAGCCUAUACAAGUGGUGCUUACAAGCUUAUAGAUGCAGAUGGCUUGCGGAUCGGUCCUAUUAACGGAAAAUUCUUGAAGAUGUACUAUCCUUGA